UGUCAGUACACCGACCCAAGCAAACCUUGCACAGAUAUAUUUGUCCAAGCGCUGAAGAACAUUACUGAAGAUUCAAAUCGAAAAUUCCCAAAAUUCUUGGAACUGGAAGCCCUAACAGACUACGAAUUGUCUUCUUCGAUUCUCUUCAAUGGCGAAGAACCAACCGCCACCAAUCUCCGUCAAGGACACGGUGUACAGGCUCCAGCUCUCCCUCCUCCAAGGCCUUCACGGCGAGGACCAGCUCUUCGCCGCCGGCUCAAUCAUGUCCCGCUCCGACUACAACGACGUCGUUACGGAGCGAUCCAUCGCCAACCUCUGCGGCUACCCCCUCUGCCCUAAUCCCCUCCCCUCCGACCGCCCCCGCAAGGGCCGGUACCGGAUUUCGCUCAAGGAGCACAAGGUCUACGACCUCCACGAGACCUACAUGUACUGUUCCUCGGAUUGCGUAAUCAAUUCGAGAACUUUCGCGGCGAGUUUGAAGGACGAGAGGUGUGCGGUUCUCGAUUCGGCGAGGAUCGACGCGGUUCUUAGGAUGUUUGAGGAUUAUUCGGGAUUGGAACGGGAAUUGGGGUUCGGAAAGGACAGGGAUUUGGGAUUUUCGAAGCUGAAGAUUGAGGAGAAGACGGAGAAUUGCGUUGGGGACGUGAGUUUGGAGCAGUGGGCUGGUCCGUCCAAUGCGAUUGAAGGUUAUGUGCUGCAGAGAGAGCGGAAGCCCAAGGAAUUAGGUUCGAAGAGUCCGAAGCGAGGGUCAAAAGCUAACAAUACAGUUCUUAUCAAUGACAUGGAUUUCGUGAGUACCAUUAUCACUGAAGAUGAAUAUACUGUGUCGAAAACACCAUCGAGUUUAAAAAAGACUGGUCUUGAUUCUAAGGUAAGAGAACAAGAAGAAAUUUUGGCUAAAAAAGCUAUGGGGAAUGAGUUCGCUGUAUUGGAAACAUCAUAUGCUCCCGCGAGUAAUGUCUCGAGAGUCGGGCUUGUCUUUGAAGACGUGACUUCUUCCCUACGUGCGGGUUCGUGUUUAAGCUCUGCAAGAGCAGAAGAGGAAUCCCAUGAUGAUAAGGCGGAGAAAUGUACUGAAGCAUCCAUUAAAUCCUCUCUUAAACCUUCUAGGAAAAAGAAACUGAGUCGCACUGUUACCUGGGCUGAUGAGAAAACCGACAGUUCUGGGGGAAGAAAGCUUUGCGAGAUUAGAGAAAUCGAAGAUAUGAAAGAAGACCCCUCUGUGGUAGAGAAUAAGAACGGAGUGUCCUUUACAUCUUCAGGGAAAAUGAAAGCUGGUCAAUCCGUUAUCUGGGCAGAUGAAAAAGGUGAUAGCAGCAAGAGUAUAGAUGUUUGUGAGGUUAGAGAAAUAGAAGAUGCAAAAGAAGCUGCUGAUAUGCUGUGCAAUGCGGACACGGGAGAAAAUGAUGAUACGUUUCGCUUUGCAUCAGCGGAGGCAUGUGCAAGAGCAUUGGAUGAGGCAUCCGAAGCUGUUGCUUCAGAAGAACUUGAAGUUAAUGAUGCCAUGUCUGAAGCUGGAAUAAUUAUAUUGCCGCGUCCAGAGAAUGGGGAUGAAGGAGAGCCUAUGGAGGAGGAUGAUGAUGAUGAGACAUCUGAACCAGAACAAGCUCCGAUCAAAUGGCCAAAAAAGCCUGGAUCUCAACAUUCUGAUCUGUUUGACCCUGAAGAUUCUUGGUUUGAUGCACCACCGGAGGAUUUUAGUUUAACUUUAUCCCCUUUUGCAAAAAUGUGGAAUGCACUCUUUACAUGGACGACGUCAUCGACUUUGGCUUAUAUAUAUGGGAGGGAUGAAAGCCUUCAUGAAGAGUAUGCAGUGGUUAACGGGAGGGAGUAUCCAGAGAAGAUUGUCUUCGGAGAUGGUCGUUCUUCUGAAAUCAAGCAAACUCUGGCUGGUUCUCUUGCUCGGGCUUUACCUGGACUUGUAGCUGAUCUCAGGCUGUCAACACCAAUAUCUAGUUUGGAGCAAGGAAUGGGACGUUUGUUGGACACAAUGUCAUUUGUUGACGCACUACCGCCAUUCAGAAUGAAACAGUGGCAAGUAAUUAUCCUUCUGUUUCUUGAGGCUCUCUCAGUUUAUAGACUCCCUGCGCUUACCCCACACAUGAUGUAUAGAAGGGUAUUGUUUCACAAGGUGCUGGAUAGUGCUCAAAUAAGUGCAGAAGAGUACGAGGUCAUGAAGGAUCUGGUGAUCCCGCUGGGCCGAACACCGCAUUUCUCAGCUCAAAGUGGAGCUUAAUGGAAGUUUUUAUCAACUUCAACAAAACCGUCACGUCUUAUCUUUCCCACUGAUCCUUAGUUUGGAAGCUCUGGUUGUGAUUUGUGGGAUCCAACUUUCAAAUAAGUAAAAGUUGAGUUAAAAUUUGAAUGGAAAUUGUAAGUGCUUUAUGAGUUUUUGUCUUGGAAGAAGAAAAUUUUGACGGUCCGCAAAAUGCGGAAGUGAGGUAUCAAAGAUAUUACAGAAUCCCCAAUGACAUUAUGUACAAAAGUUUUUGACGGCCAAAGGUUUAUGAAAAUUUUGGCAUCAAUGUUGUGGUUUCUUUACUACGGUUCCAAUGAUAAUGUGGCUUUGAAUGCCUAAAGGAUAAGAAUGACUUGAGGAUAUAUUAUUGAGGCUUAAAUCAUUUUCAUUUGCAUUAAAUUUGACUGUCAAUCAUCGAGAGGCACCUUUUUCAGACAGUCGCACAGCUGGUUUCAUUAGACCCUAGUUGUAUUUGUUAUCCUCCUCUUUAAAC